AACCGAAUGAAACUCCCUUACAAGCCGCCAAAAGAGAAGUAUUUGAAGAAACUAAUUUAGUAAUUGAAGAUUUAGAAAUAGUUGGAGAAAUAAAAAUCAAAGAAUUAGAUAAGAUUGACGAUAUUAAAUUUAAGAGAAUAGAUUAUGAAUUUGCUAUUAAUGAACCUUUUUAUCCUAUCAAGUUUAAUAAAAAGUAG